UGCUUUAUUUUUACCCGCUGUCAUCCCUAGACAAUAUGAGAUUAAAUUAGUAUUUGGAUAAUAAUACGCUGCUGACAGAUAUUUUAUAAAUUUGGAAAAAUGGCCGAUGAUUUGGACGCAAUCCGUGCCCAGCGUAUGGCACAGCUCCAAUCCCAAUAUGGCGGUGGAGGUGGUGGCGGAAAUGCUGCAGAAAAACAAAAGGCACAAGAAGAUCAAAUGCGGCAACAGGAAGAAAUGAAACACGCAAUUCUCUCUCAGGUCCUUGAUCAACAAGCUAGAGCUAGACUAAACACGUUAAAAAUUAGUAAGCCCGAAAAGGCAGCAGUCUUCGAAAAUAUGGUUUUGAGAAUGGCCCAGACCGGCCAAUUAAGGGGAAAACUGGAUGAUGCCCAAUUUGUAAGCAUUUUAGAAAGCGUAAAUGCACAGAUGCCUCAAAGUAAGAGCACUGUCAAGUACGAUAGACGUCGUGCAGCAAUUGAUUCGGACGAUGAUGAUGACUAUGGAUGCUGAUUAUUGGCGGUAACUAGCCAUAACAUUUGGUUCAUUAUUAUCAUAAUCCCAAACGGGGGCUGAGUUAUCUUCUAUUAUUUUUGUAAGGAAAAAUUCAUUGCAACUCUCUUAGCUUAGUAACCAUUUAUUUGCAAAACUUUCGUUUAAACAAGUAAUUAAGUUUUUAGUUUUUUUUUUUUUAAAUAAAAACAUACUCGUAAAAAAUAAA